UGCAGGUUUUGCAGGCUCUCAAUUGCCAGGAUGCUUCUGCUUCUUUCUCUGGUCACUGGACUGGCCCUGUCUGCCUUUGGUGUCGUGACAGAAACAGGAGCCGAUCCAAGCUGCGCAUCACUUCAUGAUGUACAGAGAAAAGUGAAUGACCUCUGGCAGAGCUUGCUCUAUCCAGUGAUGGCUGAUAAUGAGACUGAUGGGCUGACCUACGCCACCUGUGAGAUGAAGCCCAGCUCCAAAAUAGAUGCUGACAAGCCACAAGUGACUGGACAAGUCUUAUUCAGACAGCAUUACUCACAAGGAAGAUUAGAAGCCAUUUUUCACUUGGAUGGGUUUCCACUGGAUAACAACCAGUCUGGCAGAGCUAUACACAUCCACGAGCUCGGAGAUCUCAGCAACGGCUGUGACUCCACGGGAGGACACUACAACCCCUUCAGAGUGAACCACCCCCGCCACCCCGGGGACUUCGGCAACUUCUCUCCUAAAGAUGGCAAAAUCAGAAAAUACAAAUCUAAUCUCUUCGCCACAAUGUUUGGUCCGUAUUCCAUCCUGGGCAGAUCCGUUGUGAUCCACGAGCAGGAAGAUGACAUGGGCAAGGGCAAUAACAAGGCCAGUCUGGAAAAUGGAAAUGCUGGCAAGCGUCUGGCAUGCUGCGUGAUUGGGAUCUGCAAUAAGAACUUGUGGGAGGCGAAACAGUUUGAGGCUACGGACAAGAAGAAGAGAUGGCUCCGAACCAGGCUCAGCUGAAGACCUGCAGUCGAGCUGCCACCUGGGCAGCAUCAAGUACCUUAGGGUGCACUGUUGGCCGCUUAGAUGGCAAAGGGGUUCCCACUUCCAUUUUCUUGCUUCUCUGAGAAAUGCAUAUCACUUUGUAGAACCACCUUUCUGUAAGCUGAUCAAUAAAAACAGCAUCAACUCAA